CGCCACGGCUGCCGCCUGCAGAUCGGCGGCGCCGACCAGAUGGGCAACAUCAUGUCCGGCUACGAGCUCGUGAGCAGGGAGACAGGAGAAGAUGUGUUUGGAAUCACUGUACCUCUUAUUACGAGCACCACUGGAGACAAACUGGGAAAGACUGCGGGUAAUGCAGUUUGGCUGAACAGAGAUAAGACUUCUCCAUUUGAGCUGUAUCAGUUUUUCGUCAGACAACAAGAUAACAUAGUUGAAAAAUACCUGAAACUCUUCACCUUCCUUCCUCUUGAAGAGAUUCACCACAUCAUGGAAAUGCAUGCUAAAGAACCUGAAAAAUGGGGCCCUCAGAAGCGACUUGCUGCAGAAGUCACGAAGCUUGUUCAUGGUAAAGAAGGGCUGGAAUCGGCCAAGAGGUGUACUAAAGCCCUGUACCACAGCAGCGUGGAGGCCUUAGAAGCAAUGUCUGACCAAGAGUUACAGGAGCUCUUUAAACAAACCCCGUCUGCUGAGCUGAUGUUUGAACCUGGCAUGAGCGUGCUCGAUUUGUGUCGCAGAGCAAAUGCCAUUCCCAACGGACCCAGCGGGUACCAGAAAAUCACAGAUGGUGGAGUUUCCAUAAAUGGGAUUCGAGAAACUAAUCCUGAGGCUAUUCUUGUUGUUGGACAGCAUAUUCUCAAGAAUGGAGUAUCACUACUUAGGAUUGGAAAGAAAAAUUACUACAUUAUAAAGUGGCUGCAGUUGUGACAAAAGGUUAUUUCCUUAAAAUAAGGUAUCAUUUAGGCACUAUUGUCUGAAGAGGUACUUGCAGAUGUUUCUAUACAGUG